UGUUUUGUGUAAUGUUUAAAGAGAAACUAUCCAAAAAUAUACAGAAAAAAUUUCUAGAAAAUAUUUUUUAAAUUAUUCCAGUUCUUACCCAAGACAAUGGCCGCCAACAAUGUGAGAAAGCUGCUGCAGGUGUCAGAGGAGGCGGCUCCCCUGGUCCAAAUCCCCAUAAUGGUGGGCAAUGAGAUGUUUGUGCUCACCCAGCAGGACGUCAGACGAACGGAGGAUAUUCGCUAUUUGAGCUACACUCGGAUUAUGCCCAAUGGCCAUAUGUUUCCCACAGCAGCGGCACCGGCUGCAGAUCCAGUCAAUUACUUUGGCGGCCUCGUCACACCUCUGGCGCUGGCCUAUGCAACGCCUCCGAGCUGUGCGCUGCAGGAUCUGUUUGUUCCGAAGAAGCCUAUGGAGGAUGACAAGCCGGCACCACGAAAUGUGGCCGAUGUGUCCACCCAAUUGGCCUGGUCCAAGCAGGUGGAGAUUGAACCCUCAAAUCACACAACCUUGCGCUACAGUGCGGCCACCUCUACCUCUAACCUGACCAAAAACUGUGGCUGCCAGCACGAGCCGCCAAAGUCGAGGAACCAGCAUACCAGCUGUCAUUCCCAAGUUGGACGUAAUGCCUGCUGCCAGACCAGGUCGACAACAUCUUCAAUCUAUCUUCAGCCGGCCCCACGCAGUGUGGCCGAUGCGUCCACUGAACCGUCAAAUCCCACGUGCUCGCCCAACAGUGCGGCCACCUCUACCUCUAACCUGACCAAAAACUGUGGCUGCCAGCACGAGCCGCCAGAGUUGAGGUGCCAGCAUACCAGCUGUCAUUUUCAAGUUGGACGCAAUGCCUGCUGCCAGACCAGGUCGUCAAUCGCAGAUAUGUCGGAUGCGGAGUCCCAGUCCAAGCAUUCAACUGCCAAUGGUUCCGUUAAGGCGUCCAAGGAUAAGCAAUCAACUGCAAAUGUGUUCGUUAAGCUGUCCAAGUAUCCCAGUCGUCACGACAAUGAGCAACAAACGUGCACAUACACGGACGUGCCGAGACGUCAUCCCUACAGCUUUUCUCCACAAAAACAAAGUAGAUAUGCAGACUAUCAGUCCCACCUUCAAUCUGAAGAUUAUGCACACGAUCAGUCUUCUGGCUGUCCACAAUAUCAGACUGGGACCAGUCCCCAAAAUCAGUUUCGUGCCACUGGCCAAGAUCCGACACAAGAUCAGUUGUUUUUCUGUUCCCAAGAUCAGUCAAGUGGCUACCCAUUAGAGCAGGCUGUGGAUCAACAAAGCAGCUCCCAAAAGGAUAAAGCAAAUUCCUGUCCGUGUCGCCACCAGGCGGUGGCCACCGCCUCAAAGGGCGUUCGAUGUGUGCACUUCUCUGAGCAAGAGGACGACGACUCUUCAUCUGUUAGGCAGAAUCAAACCGACCAAUCGCAGGACAGCGAAUAGCAAUAAGACUGACUAAGCAUUCCAUUGUCCAAUAUUUUCUUUAGCUAAUUUAUAAAUUUUUGUCCGGC